AUGAAAGGCUACAUUUUUCUUGUGGUAAACUUGGCAUUUUUGUCUGCACUCUCCCUAAACCCAAAUCGACCAGAGAUAGUGGAAAUUGGUGAAGACAAGGACAUUACAGAUGCAAACAAGGACUUGUUACAUGAUGAUAUUCUUGAGCCUCCGAACACACAAAGGAGUGCCAUCAUUAGUGAGGACUCACUCUGGCCAUCCCCAGUCCCAUAUGUUUUGGAAAGCAACCUUGAGAUGAAUGCUAAAGGAGUCAUCCUGAGAGCCUUUGACCAGUUCAGGUUGAAGUCAUGCAUUGACUUCAGACCAAGCGACUCUGAUAAAUAUUACAUUUCUGUCCAAAAGUUAGACGGAUGUUUCUCAUAUAUCGGGCGAGUACACAGCAAUGGACAGAUCCUCUCUAUUGGCCGAUUCUGUGAUGAGAUUUCCACCGUUGAACAUGAGUUUCUCCACGCUCUUGGCUUCUACCAUGAACAGUCCAGAUAUGACAGAGAUGAUUAUGUGACCAUUGCAUUUGAGAACAUCACAGAAGGUUAUGAGACAAACUUUGAAAAAGUUAGCAAGGAAGACAGCACCACUCAGGGAGUUCCAUACGACUAUUGGUCAGUGAUGCACUAUGGCCAAUAUGCAUUCAGCAAUGGCAUUGGGGCUACAAUUACCACCAAUGACCCCAAAUUCCAGGAUGUGAUUGGUCAAAGACUGGAAGUGAGUCCCAAUGAUAUCCUGGAGCUGAACCUCCGCUACAAAUGCAACUCAACCAUUGCAUUUAAGAUGUACUGUGGCUUUUCUAAUGGGACCAUGUGUCAAAUGAACCGCUGUUCAAAGAGUGGCAAUGGUUGGGAAAUGGUAACAAAUGUUUUUGGGGGUCCAAGCUCUGACCACACCAGUCUACCCAGUGGUAGUAGUGAUCAUGGUCAAGACGGAAGUUAUUUCAUGUAUGCUAGCACAGCAUCAGGUGAGGAGGGAGACUCAGCCUGGCUGGAGACCAAGAGGAUGAACCCAACUAGGAAGUGUCAUGUCCAGUGUCUCCAGUUCUACUAUUACCAUAAUGGGGGCGAGUCUGACAAACUUAAUAUCUGGAUCAGAGAGUUUCAAGAUGAACAGGACGUUAAAGGAACCGUCCGCCUCAUGGGGGAGAUCACUGGUCCACCAACAUCUCACUGGCAGGUCAAGCAUGUUUCCCUGAAUGCCAAAAAGCACUUCCAGGUGGAGUUUGAGGUUCGUAAAGGAGCAGGAAGCUCUUCAGGCGGCUUCUCAAUAGAUGACAUUAAUCUGUCCGAGAUCGAGUGUCCCCAUGUAACCUGGCAGAUUAGGUUUGAAAAGCUUUUGAACUCUAGCGAAUAUGAAAUAAUAAACAGCCCACGGCAGUACUCCAGAGGGGGCUAUGCCUACCGGGUAGGGAUACUGCACCAUAGUACAUUUUUCGGACUGUUUGUGCAACUCUUGUCUGGUAAAUACGAUGACCAGCUGGAGUGGCCUUGCCCACACAGGCAGGUGACUUUCCAACUUCUGGAUCAGACACCCAACAUCCAGCUGCAAAUGUCGAAGCAAAGGAGUAUCACCAGUGACCCCAACAAUACCAGCUCUGAAGGUUUCUAUUAUUGGGACAGUCCUCGUAAGAUUGGAACUUCAUUCGUAGAUGAGAAUAAUCAGACUGUCUUUGGUGGGCCUCUCCUUGGCAUAUCCUAUUAUUCGAGUUUGGAAGAAAUGAAAUCCAGAGACUUCCUCAAGGGAGGGAGUGCCGUUUUUGUCUUCAGCUUCCAAGAUCUCACUCCCCUAGUUGAUGGAAAUUCUCUACCAUGUCCUCAUGUGCCAUCAGUAAAGAUUGGACAUCGUAAAGAUCAGGAUAGUGGCCCAUGCGCAAUACGGAUCUUACCCACCACACCUCCACCUCCUCAAACAACAGAUGACAGCAGUGUUUUUGGCUUCUCUCCUACUAUGGUGGCUUCUCCUGUCCUCACCCUCCUGCUAGCACUGAUGCUUCUGAUACCAUGA